GCACUUCGUCUUAGUAACAUGGCCAUGGGGAAGACAACCACGGGCCAGAUAGUCAACCUGCUGUCCAAUGAUGUGAACAAGUUUGAUCAGGUGACAAUCUUCUUACACUUUCUGUGGGCAGGGCCACUGCAGGCCAUAGCAGUGACUGCUCUUCUCUGGAUGGAAAUAGGAAUCUCCUGCCUCUCGGGGAUGGCGGUUCUCGUUAUUCUUCUGCCUUUUCAGAGCUGUGUUGGGAAGUUGUUUUCAUCAUUAAGGAGUAAAACUGCAGCUUUCACGGAUGCCAGAAUCAGGACCAUGAAUGAAGUUAUAACUGGCAUAAGGAUAAUAAAAAUGUAUGCUUGGGAAAAGUCAUUUGCAGACCUCAUUACCAGUCUGAGAAAGAAGGAAAUUUCCAAGAUUCUGAGUAGCUCCUACCUCAGAGGGAUGAAUUUGGCAUCAUUUUUUGUUGCAAACAAAGUCAUCCUCUUUGUGACCUUCACCACCUAUGUGCUACUUGGCAACGUGAUCACAGCCAGACGUGUGUUUGUGGCAAUGACCCUGUAUGGAGCUGUUCGGUUGACAGUCACCCUCUUCUUCCCAGCAGCCAUUGAGAAAGUGUCAGAGGCCGUCGUCAGCAUUCAAAGAAUCAAGAACUUUCUGUUGCUUGAUGAGAUACCACAGCGCAAAGCCCAGGAGCCAUCAGAUGGUAAAACUAUAGUGCAUGUGCAAGAUUUUACUGCUUUCUGGGAUAAGACUUUAGACACCCCAACCCUGCAAGGCAUUUCAUUUACUGCCAGACCUGGAGAAUUGUUAGCUGUGGUCGGCCCAGUAGGAGCAGGCAAGUCUUCACUGUUGAGCGCGGUGCUGGGAGAGCUGCCCCCGACAAAUGGGCUAGUCAGUGUGCAUGGGAGAAUUGCCUAUGUUUCCCAGCAGCCCUGGGUGUUCUCAGGAACUGUGAGGAGCAAUAUUUUAUUUGGGAAGAAAUAUGAGAAGGAACGAUAUGAAAAAGUGAUAAAGGCCUGUGCUUUGAAAAAGGACUUACAGCUUUUGGAGGAUGGAGAUCUGACUGUGAUAGGAGAUCGGGGAGCCACACUGAGCGGAGGGCAGAAAGCACGGGUGAACCUGGCACGAGCUGUCUACCAAGAUGCCGACAUCUACCUCCUUGAUGAUCCGCUCAGUGCUGUUGAUGCAGAAGUAGGCAAGCACCUGUUCCAGCUGUGUAUUUGUCAAACCUUGCAUGAGAAGAUCACAAUUUUAGUGACUCAUCAAUUGCAGUAUCUAAAAGCUGCAAGCCAUAUCCUGAUAUUGAAAGACGGUGAAAUGGUACAGAAGGGAACUUAUACUGAGUUUCUAAAAUCUGGAGUCGAUUUUGGUUCCCUUUUAAAGAAGGAAAAUGAGGAAGCGGAACAGUCCCCAGCUCCAGGAACUCCUACGCUGAGGAAUCGUACCUUCUCAGAGUCCUCCAUCUGGUCCCAACAGUCAUCCAGACCCUCUUUGAAAGAUGGUGCUCCAGAGGGCCAGGAUACAGAGAAUAUACAGGUAACGCAAUCAGAGGAGAGCCGUUCUGAAGGAAAAGUUGGUUUCAAGGCCUACAAGAAUUACUUCACAGCUGGUGCAUCCUGGUUUAUCAUCAUUUUCCUCAUUCUGCUGAACAUGGCAGCUCAGGUUUUCUAUGUCCUUCAGGACUGGUGGCUUUCUUACUGGGCAAACAAACAAAGUGCUCUGAAUGGCACCGUAAAUGGGGAAGGAAAUGUAACUGAGACGCUAGAUCUUAACUGGUACCUAGGAAUUUAUGCAGGUUUAACUGUGGCUACUGUGCUUUUUGGAAUAGCAAGAUCUCUACUGGUAUUCUACGUCCUAGUGAAUGCUUCCCAAACUUUGCACAACAAAAUGUUUGAGUCAAUCCUGAAAGCUCCAGUGUUGUUCUUUGAUAGAAAUCCGAUAGGAAGAAUUUUAAAUCGUUUCUCCAAAGACAUCGGACAUAUGGAUGACUUGCUUCCCCUGACAUUUCUAGAUUUUAUCCAGACGCUGCUACUGGUGAUCAGUGUGAUAGCUAUAGCGGCCGCAGUGAUUCCUUGGAUUGCAAUACCCCUGGUUCCACUUGCCAUCAUUUUCUUGUUUCUUCGGCGAUAUUUCUUAGAAACAUCAAGGGAUGUCAAACGUCUGGAGUCUUCAACACGGAGCCCCGUAUUUUCCCACUUAUCAUCUUCCCUCCAGGGACUCUGGACCAUCCGGGCGUAUAAAGCUGAAGAAAGGUGUCAGGAACUGUUUGAUGCCCACCAGGACUUACAUUCAGAGGCUUGGUUCUUGUUUUUGACGACGUCGAGGUGGUUUGCCGUGCGCCUGGAUGCCAUCUGUGCCAUUUUUGUCAUUGUUGUUGCCUUUGGGUCCCUGAUUCUAGCAAAAACUUUGGAUGCUGGGCAGGUUGGCUUGGCCUUGUCCUACGCCCUUACCCUCAUGGGGAUGUUCCAGUGGUCUGUGAGACAAAGUGCCGAAGUGGAGAAUAUGAUGAUUUCUGUGGAGAGGGUGAUCGAAUACACAGACCUCGAAAAAGAAGCACCUUGGGAGUACCAGAAACGCCCACCCCCAGGCUGGCCCCACGAAGGAGUGAUUGUCUUCGAUAACGUAAACUUCACCUACAGCUUAGAUGGGCCUCUGGUGCUGAAGCACCUGACGGCACUCAUCAAAUCCAGAGAAAAGGUUGGAAUUGUGGGAAGGACGGGAGCUGGAAAAAGUUCCCUCAUCUCAGCCCUUUUCAGAUUGUCAGAACCUGAAGGUAAAAUUUGGAUUGAUAAGAUCUUGACAAGUGAAAUUGGACUCCACGAUUUAAGGAAGAAAAUGUCAAUCAUACCUCAGGAACCUGUUCUGUUCACUGGAACAAUGAGGAAAAACCUGGAUCCCUUUAAUGAGCACACGGAUGAGGAACUCUGGAAUGCCUUAGAAGAGGUACAACUUAAAGAUGCCAUCGAAGAUCUUCCUGGUAAAAUGGAUACUGAAUUAGCAGAAUCUGGAUCCAAUUUCAGUGUUGGACAGAGACAGUUAGUGUGCCUUGCCAGGGCGAUUCUCAAGAAAAAUCGGAUAUUGAUCAUUGAUGAAGCAACAGCAAAUGUGGAUCCAAGAACUGAUGAAUUAAUACAACAGAAAAUUCGGGAGAAGUUUGCCCAGUGCACGGUACUGACCAUCGCUCACAGGCUGAACACCAUCAUUGACAGCGACAAGAUACUGGUUUUGGAUUCAGGAAGACUAAAAGAAUAUGAUGAGCCAUACGUUUUGCUGCAAAAUACAGAGAGCUUCUUUUAUAAGAUGGUACAGCAGCUGGGCAAGGGAGAAGCCGCUGCCCUCACAGAAACAGCAAAACAGGUAUAUUUCAAAAGGAAUUAUCCAGAUAUUGCAUUCACCAGCCCUGUGGUUAUGAAUGCCUCCAACAGACAGCCCUCAGCCUUAACCAUUUUUGAAACAGCAUUGUGACUCUAUCAAGAUGUUGGGUCUGUUCCAAGGGCAUUUCCCAUGAUUUUUGCACUGUAUGUAAACUACAUUGUACUUGGUUUUCACUGAAGCAACAGACAUUUUCAAACACAAGAUGUUAGUUUCCAACUCUAUUCAGGGAUUCCAAGUUCAAACAAAAUGGCUUGUCAUUUUCAUUUAAAUAUUACAGCUUUUCUUUAAAAAUCGAAAUCAAUGGUGCAGGCCACCAACAAAAGCUAUCUAUCAGGUUUUGUGCCUUAACAGACUCCAGAGCCAAAGCCUACUCAUUUUGUGAGGAACAGAAGAAAGCUGUCACGGAUUUUUGUUUUGUCCUUGUUUUGUCCUUUAAAAGUACAUAUUACUUUCCAGUUACAUCAGGGAUUCUAUUUACUUGAAGAUCAUGUGAAGCUGCCACUUUGUCUCACCAUUUUCAUUAAAACUAGGACCCAUUAUUUCCCCCAAAAUACCUUGGGUUAAAAUAGUACAGGUUGGGGCUGGAGAUAUGGCUCAGCGGUUAAAAGCAUUGCCUGCUCUUGCAGAGGACCAGGGUUUGAUUCCCAGCACCCACAUGGCAGCUUCUAACCAUCCUUAACUCCAGUUCUAGGGGAA